AGCGAAGGACGCCGGGACUGCUCGAGGCGCGGGCCCUCGGAUCAGAAGCCGGAGGAGUGAUGGCGGCCGAGGCGUCGAGGGCUGGGCGUACCCAGUCGUUCUGCCGGCUGGUGGAGACGCAGGGUUGGGCCCGGGGUGCGGCCGAGGUUCCGUGCACCCGCUGUGGACGAGGAGCGCCUAGAGCUCCUGUAGGUCACCACCGUGAACUUCAGUGUGGACAUGCUUUUUGUGAACUGUGCUUGUCAAGACCUGAAGACUGCAGCACGAUUGUAUGCCCUGAUUGUGAGAUUGCUACAACUAUGAAUACAAGACAAGGAUACUGCCCACUAGAUGGACAUAUUAAAGAAGAUUCUUUUAUGGAGAAACUGCAGCCUAAAAAAAUAAAGACUUGUUCUCCGGACUUUAAAAAGACUGCUGAUCAGCUAACGAUUGGUCUAGGACAAGCACCCUCCACACACAGGACUUUCCUGACCCCAUCAACUGUGAUAGAGGAGACUAAAACUGUGGAAGAAAUUGAUGAAGCACUGAAGAUUGCAGGCCAAAAUUUUGAACAAUUAAGUAUUGCUGUAAAAAUGCUUGAACACAUGUACAAUCAAACAAAAGAGGAAACAGUCAGUCUUAUAAAGGUUCUGGAGAAACAGUUUGAUCAGCUUUUUACUUCUCUUGAUUCCAGGAAAAAGAACCUGUGUAAAGAAGUAAUGAGAAAUACAGAUGCUUAUUUAUCAAAUGUUACAAUGGCUAAAAGCUACAUCGAAGUGAAAAAAAAUGAUUUGGAUGCAGCUAUGAAGAUAGCAAGAGAAUUGAAAUUGGCACCUUCUCUGAGGACAUACUGUGACUUGAAUCAGAUUAUACGGACUUUGAAGUUAACUUUCGAGAGUGAACUGUCACACGUUACCUCUCUAAAACUGAGGAACUCUCCCAAGUUGAAUAUGAAUUGCAGUGAGAUCAUCUGUAUGUUUGACAAUGUGGGAAAGAUUGAAUUUGAGGACUCAACAAAUAUGCAGACAGAAACAAGAAGCCAGCUCAUCAGAAGAUACGAUCCUCAAAAAAAUGAGAUCGGACAGACUGUUCAAAAGAAAUAUAAUCACGAAAAGGAAUUUUCUUACAGUGGUACAUACCCACUAGAAAAGAAAAAGGUUGACAUUUCUGCUCUAACUACUGAAGCCCCACUAGCUCCUUUGCAACGGGAAACCGGUGAUGUGCAUUUAGAAUCACAGAACUUGCAGCCACUGAAAGAGGUUGUACCAUCGUCCUCGAAAACCAUUGCUGCUCUGCCUCAGAUGGAAUCUAGCCCUGAUGUAAUAAUUGAAGAGAUUAUUGAAGAAAACCUGGAAAAUUAUCUCGUGGAGACACCUGAAUAUCCAAAAAGGCCUCUUCAGAAAAAAUCGUCUGUCCCUUUUGGAUCAAAAGCAGGUUCUCCAGAGCUAGUUUUUGUAAGCCAUGUAAUACAUCCUUGCCACUUCUACGUUCGGAAGUACUCGCAAUUAAAAGACGCUACACUACUGGAAAAGAAGGUUAAUCAGUUUUGCAAUAAGAGUUCACCCCUUGAGCCUUCAGACAUUUUGGAGCUAGGUGCAAGAAUAUUUGUCAACAGCAUUGAAAAUGGAAUGUGGUGCCGAGGAACUAUUACGGAACUAAUUCCAACAGGAAGUGAAAACAUGAGGAAGCUUUGUAGUCCCUUCAGAUUUGCAGUCCAUGAAGUUGCACUAAUCCAAAUAUUCAUGGUAGAUUUUGGGAAUUCUGAAGUCCUAAUUGUUGCAGGAGCUGGUGAUGCCCACGUGAGGUCAGAGCACGUUCCUAAGCAGCACGUUGUACUGAAUGACUUGCGUCUGGUUCUGAGGAAGCCUAGACCUCACACCGAGGGGCUGCUGCGAGACAUCCCGCCGUCAGCUCAGGCCUGCUCCUUGAAAGACAUUGUUCCGCAGAGUUCAACUGAAGGCUGGGGAGAAGAAGCUAAAGUAGAAUUUUUGAAAAUGGUGAAUAAGAAAGCUGUUUUAAUGAAAGUUUUUAAAGAAGAAGAUGGUGUGCUUAUUGUAGAUCUGCAGAAACCGCCAGCAAAUAAAAUAAGCAGUGACAUGCCUGUGUCUCUUAGAGAUGCGUUAGUUUUUAUGGAGCUAGCAAGGUUUAGGUCACAGUCCCCAGAAAGUCGCUCUGAGAAAAGCAAGACUUUACGCUAUCACCCACCCAUUUUGCCUAAGGAGAUGACAGAUGUGUCCGUCACGGUUUGUCACGUCAACAGCCCUUCUGAUUUCUACCUUCAGUUGAUAGAGAGCCUGGAUUUUUUAUUUCUGUUAAAGACAGUCGAGGAAUUCUAUAAAAGCGAAAAUGGAGAAAAUCUGGAAAUCCUCUGUCCGGUUCAAGAUCAAGCUUGUGUAGCUAAAUUUGAAGAUGGAGUUUGGUACCGAGCAAAAGUUGUUGGAUUGCCUGGACAUCGUGAAGUUGAAGUUAAAUAUGUGGACUUUGGCAACACAGCAAAAAUAACACUUAAAGAAAUGCGUAAAAUAAAGGAUGAAUUUCUGAAUCCUGCAGAGAAGGCGAUUAAAUGCAAGCUGGCCUAUAUUGAACCAUGUGAAAGGACAAGGCAGUGGUCAAGAAAAGCCAAAGAAAAGUUCGAGGAAAAGACUCAAGACAAGUUUAUGACAUGCUCGGUCGUCAAAAUUCUGGAAGAUAAUGUGCUCGUAGUUGAGCUUUUCGAUUCUCUUGAUGCUGCUGGAAUGGCUCCUACCAGUAUUAAUGACCAGCUAGUCAAAGAGGGCCUAGCAUCUUAUGAAGUAGGAUACACAAUCAAAGAUAAUUCCAAGAAGCAUAUUGAAGUAUGGGAUCCUUCUCCAGAAGAAAUUAUUUCAAAUGAAGUAAACAGGUUAAAUCCUGUAUUUGCAAAAUCUCUACCUGACGAAAAUCUCCAGUCGCUUUAUAAUAAGGAACUGCCUGUGUACAUCUGUAAUGUAAUGUCUCCUGAGAAGAUUUAUGUUCAGUGGUUAUUAACAGAAAAUUUACUUAAUAGUUUGGGAGAAAAGAUGGUCGCUGCUUAUGAAAACUCAACGUGGAAACCCGUUAAAUGGGAAAACGACAUGCACUGUGCGGUUAAGAUCCCAGAUAAAAAUCAGUGGCAGAGAGGCCAGAUCAUCAGGAUGGUUACAGACACGUUGGUAGAGGUCCUGCUGUAUGACGUGGGUGUUGAACUGGUGGUGAACAUCAACUGUUUAAGGGAGCUUCGGGAAGAUCUGAAGACGAUGGGAAGGUUGUCUUUGGAAUGCUCUCUUGCUGACAUAAGACCAGCCGGUGGGAGUGACAAGUGGACGGCGACCGCCUGUGACUGUCUCUCGUUGUACCUCAGCGGAGCCGUGGCGACAGUCAUCCUACAGGAGAACAACACAGCCUGGCCACUACCUGUGAAAAUUUUCUGCAGAGAUGAGAAGGGAGAACGUGUUGAUGUUUCUAAAUACUUGAUUAAAAAGGGUUUGGCUUUGAGAGAAAGGAGAAGUAAUAAAUUAGAUAACAGUCAUUCAUUAUCCCAGAAGUCUCUGGAGAUUCCCCUGGAACAGGGGGCGUCAGUGAUUCCUAAGUGUGUUCAAAUUAACUCCGACCCUGACAAAAAAGCUGCUGCUGUUAUCAGUGAACCCAAGGUGUCUGAAUUUAAGGAGAAAAUUCUGGACCCAAGAACCACUGGAUGCUAUAAACCACCAGCUAUUCCUAAGCAGGAAGUUUUUGAGGCAGUAGUCAGCUGCGUUGGUGAUGAUGGAACCAUAUUCGUGGUGCCUAAAGUAUCAGAAUUCGAGCUACUAAAAAUGAUGAAUGAAAUUCAAAGUAAUUUAAAAUGCCUUGGUCUCUUGGAGCCUUAUUUCUGGAAAAAGGGAGAAGCCUGUGCAGUGAGGGGAUCGGACACCCUGUGGCACCGAGGGAAGGUAACGGAGGUCGUCGGCGGCACCGUCAGGGUGCAGUAUUUAGAUCAUGGAUUCACUGAGAAGCUCCCACAGUGUCAUCUUUAUCCUAUUUUGCUGUAUCCUGAUACACCCCAGUUCUGUAUUCCCUGUCAGCUCUGUAAUACCACACCUGUUGGGAAUGUCUGGCAACCCGAUGCAGUAGAGCUCCUCCAGGAACUGCUGUCCAAGAGAGAGGUGGAAGUUCACGUGAUGGAAUUACCUGAAAACCCAUGGGAGAAAUUAUCUGUUCACCUCUAUUUUGAUGGAAUGUCACUUUCUUACUUUAUGGCAUACCAUAAACACUGCACUUUGGAACAUUCUGAGGAAACACUGAAGGAAAAACCAAGAGAUUACAAUAAAACGUAUGAGGAAGAGAGAUGGGAAAUAAGGUUUGAGGAAUUGCUUUCGUCUGAAACGGAGACUCCGAUUUUACCGCCGUAUCUGUCUUCGUCUCUGCCGCCCCCGGAGCAGCUCUACGCUGUGCGAGUAAAGCACGUUGUCUCGCCCAGUGAGGUGUAUAUUUGCCUUGAUUCUGUAGAAAACUCUAAGGCGUUUAACCAGCACAGCAACACGGACGACCGUGGGGUUGGUUUAGGGACCGAGUCCGAGAGCCUGGAGGAGACACUGCGGAGGUUCAACGAGGCUGCAGAGACGUCCCCUCCUCUGACGGACUUCCGAGCAGAAAUGCCUUGCCUUGCAGAAUAUGAUGAUGGCUUAUGGUACAGAGCAAAGAUUGUUUCCAUUAAAGAAUUUAAUCCUCUAGCUGUCCUGGUACAAUUUGUUGAUUAUGGAUCAACGGAAAAGCUGACAAUAAACAGACUGCGUCAAAUUCCUCUUCGUCUUAUGCAGUAUCCAGCCAGAGCCGUGAAGGUUCUCUUGGCAGGAUUUAAACCUCCCUUAAGAGAUUUAGGAAAGGCAAGAAUACCGUAUUGUCCCAAGUGGAGCAUGGAAGCUUUGUGGGCUAUGAUAGACUGUCUUCAAGGAAAACAGCUUUAUGCUUCUUCCAUGGCUCAGGUACCGGAACACAUAGUGACCCUGUAUGAAGAUGAACAGUAUCCGGUUCAUAUGUCAUUAGUGGAGAUGGGGCUUGCAGACGAAGACGAAUGAUGUGUGCAGUACGGGGCACCUGAACAGCCCAGAAGAAAGGUGUCUGUUAUACGUAGACCACUUUAGGCUUAUUUUUCUUGACUUGUUCUGCAGUAAUGUGGGCCUUUUUUUUUUUCUUCUUACAUGUUCCACUGUUAGGAAUUGUUUGAGAAAAGUUAAUAAAUAUUUGCUUUCAAUAUUUCUUUUAUUUUACUAUAAUUUUAAAUAAAAUAUUACAGCACAUUUUAAAAA